AUAUUAUCGUGAGAGUGAACAGGGAAGACUCCAGAAAGAAGUUAGUGUUUCUACAAUCACUUUAUAAAGGAAUGCAACAGCUGUGAAGUCCUUUUGGAGAAAUAGAUGCAACUAAUAAACCAAAGACAAGCUAGUAGGGUCUAACUAAGACCGCACAUGUACUUCAAAGGACAUAUUGUAAUUAAUUAUCUCAUCCAACAGUGUUUUGCUAACUUUUGUACAAAAGAAAGUUUCUUACUGCACAUACCACAGACAAAGGAGCAACUAUGAAGCAGCCAGCAAAAACUUUGUGGUUUGAUCGCCCAAGAUAUGUAUAUGUUGAGUUUUGUGUAGAAAACAGCUCAGAUGUGAAACUGGACAUCGAGGAGAAGAAGCUGGUGUUCAGUUGUAAAAAUGAAGAUGGUGAAGAACUAUACAAUGAGAUUGAGUUAUACGAUAAAGUGCAGCCUAAGGAUUCAAGGGAAAAACGGUCUGAUAGAUCAAUCACUUUCUUUGUGAGAAAACUGAAAGAGAAGGUAGCAUGGCCACGAUUAACCAAGGAAAAACAUAAGCCAGCCUGGUUAAACGUGGAUUUUGACAACUGGAGGGACUGGGAGUUAGAUGAAGAAACAGAGAUGGCUGCACUCGAGGAGUAUGCAGAGAUGAUGGACAAAGUUAAAGAGAAACCAACUCCACCUUCGAUGGAUGAUUUAGACUUUGUCACCACAGUCAUAUCUUGUAAUACAGCGGAACUUAAAGUGGAUACAAAUGGGAAAAAGAAGACCAUAAAAGGCUAUAAUGUGAUCUUAAAGGACACAGUCUUAUUUCCUGAGGGAGGUGGCCAGCCUGAUGAUAGAGGAUCCAUAAAUGACAUUCCUGUGUUACGAGUAACCCGUCAAGGACCAGAUGCCAUUCACUUUGUAGAGGCACCCUUGGAACCAGGUUCUGAGGCACGACUGAUGGUAGACUGGGAGAGAAGAUUUGACCAUAUGCAGCAACAUACAGGACAGCACUUAAUUACAGCCCUUGCGGAUUUGAAGUUUGGAUUCAGAACCACUUCAUGGGAGCUGGGUCGGCUGCGCAGUAGUAUUGAACUGGACACGCCUUCCGUGACUACGCAACAGAUAGAAGUGCUGGAAAAGGAUGUCAAUGAAAAGAUCCAAGAUCAUGUUGCUGUCAAUGUGCGACUGCUAUCUGUAGAUGACCCUGAAGUGGAAAAAGUAAGAAGUCGUGGCUUACCAGAUGACCAUGCUGGACCAGUUCGAAUAAUUGACAUAGAAGGCAUAGAUACAAACAUGUGUUGUGGAACUCAUCUUCCAAACUUAAGUUACCUGCAGGCUAUCAAGAUUCUGAGUGCCGAAAAAGGAAAGAAGAACAAAACAAACCUGAUCUUCUUGGUAGGGAACCGAGUGCUGAAGUAUGUAGAGAGAAGCUGUGCUCUAGAAAAGUCUCUGACAUCACUGCUGAAAUGUGGGCCAGAAGAACAUGUUGAAGCUGUGGACAGGCUUCAGAAGUCAGUGAAACUGUUACAGAAGGGAAACCUGAACUUGCUUCGAGACCUUGCUGUUUUAGUAGCACAAAACUUCAAGAAUAAUCCACACAGACAGAAAAUAUUCACUUUGCACAGGAAGGAUGGAGAUAAUGAGUUUAUGAAUAUCAUAGCUAACGAGAUUGGUGCAGAGGAAACAGUGAUUUUCCUUUCUGUUGGAGAUGAGAAGGGAGCUGGCAUGUUUUUACUGGCUGGACCUGAAGAAAUGAUUGACAGGUUGUGGCCCAGGGUGGCAGAAAUUCUUGAUGGAAAGGGGGCUGGAAAGCGAGGGCGAUACCAAGGUAAAGCCAACAAGAUGAGCAAGAGAACAGAAGUAGAGGCUCUUCUUCGUGAACAGGUGACAUCCAGCUGUGCAGAAGAGGAAUAGAUAUGACAUGCCGUCAUUUCUCCAUUUUCAUACUACUCAGAAUAAGAACCAUAAAUUUAGAAGUCAGCAGUGACAGAUUAUAUCAGAAUAACUAUAAUAUACAUUUACUAUAUACAGGUUGUAAAUUUCUCAAAGGGUAACAACAGAUACUCACUUUAUUACAAUAAGCCAGCUUUGUUUAUUUGCACUUAAGUGAGUUGAAAACAUGUCCAGAUAAAGUAAGUUUAAUUAUUGGUCUUUAUUUAUAAUUUAAUUAAGUAUGUUGUCACAGUUUACAGGACUUCUAAUUUUAUUGCAGGGUGGAAGCAGUUGUUGCAGAAAACUGUAGUAAAACAGUAUCUUUCAUUAAGGAUUCUUUCACCAUUAGUAUUUUCCUGGACAAAUACUUUGAACACAGAUGAAAGAAAAAGUAAUUCUUUCUCACAUUACAAUGCAAGACAUUAUCUGCUCUGUACCUUGCUACUGCCUAAAAAUCCAUUAAUAUAGUGAUAUGUUGAUGUUUGCCAGCUGACGUGACUAUGCAUCCCAUCCCAGCAUAACAGAUAUUAUCUUGCAGCUAGAAACCACUGUCAUGUCGAGGAUCAGUCUGAUGAUUUUUGGAAUGUAUUUUAAUUAAAAAUUAAAUUCUGAAGUAUUUUUA